CGUUUCGAACUGAUUGGACGUGUUAAGCGGACUAAAUUGCCAAACAGUUGCCAGCGACGUACAACUCAAUGUAACUGCGACCAGCUUACGGGAUAUACCAGCAUUGCCGUCGCCGUCGCCACUGUUGCGCCGCAUUGCUUUGUGGCUGUGUGGCCAAAAGAUAACGAGCCAAGAAACUGCGGCAUGCACUGACUCUGAACUACACAAGAGACUGGCAGCAAACGUGAGAAGAGUAACAACAAUCAAAUUGUAAUUUAAUAAAAACCUACAUGCAACGAUAUGAGUUUAUUAGUGCUACACAACAGAGAGCAAGCAUUUACUUGCGCGACAACGCAACGACUGCAACUGCAACUGCUACUGCUGCUGCUGCUGCUGUUGCCAUGGCAGACAACAACAGUGCAGGCCACAAGCGGCUUACGUGUGCCCACGUUUCUGCUGGAGCCCGCGCCGCGCCUGCUGUUUGGCAACGAUACGGGCGCCCAGGUUAGUUGCCUGGUGGCUCAUGGCAAUCCGCCGCCCGUUGUGUCCUGGGUAUUGCGCGACGGCACGCUGGCAACGCAGGUGCCAGGACUCAGAAAAAUAUCUGGCAACGGCACAUUGCACUUCCCACCAUUUUUGGCGCAAUAUUAUCGCACGGAUGUGCACGAGGCCAGCUACCGUUGUCGAGCUAGCAACGAGGCCGGCACAAUAUUGAGUCGCAAUGUGCAGGUGCAAGCAGUGGUGCGUCGCCAGUUUCACGUACACGUUGAAAAUACUGAAGUCUAUUUGGGAAAUUCGGCAUUGAUUAAGUGCGCUAUACCGGAAUAUGUGCGGCCUUAUGUGCGUGUGGCCAGUUGGCAACGCGGCGAGGAGAUACUGCUGCCGGAUCUGUCGGAUGUUGCGGGUCGCUAUGUGGUGCUGGCUGCCUCUGGUGAUUUGUACGUGCGCACUGUGCGCACCGAGGACGGUUUGGUUAAGUUCAGCUGCCUGGUAACCAAUACGCUCAAUGGCGAAAGGCAGCGCAGCGAUGCUGUCGUGCUGCAAGUCAAGGAGUUGAGCAAAAAUCUGGCACCGCGCACCACACAAAAGCCCGUAAUGGAAAUCAAUGUGGAACGUGGCAAUGAUGUGCACUUGCCUUGCAAUAUCCAAGGCAAUCCUUUUCCCAUAUUCACCUGGUAUCGUGUAUCUGAUUCCGCCGCACUCUAUCCCAUACCUUCAUCACAGCGCGUUAUACUGUCGCGUACGCUGCUGCUUAUUAAAAAUGCUGACGAACGCGAUGCGGGCAAGUGGAUUUGCCAGGCGUCGAAUCAGUUUGGCGAGCAGCGCAUCGAAAUUCGGCUCAGUGUCAAUACGUUUGUGUCCGUCCAUAUAUUGCCGCAAGUACAAAUUGUCAAUUCGGGCGGAACGGCAAUUUUCAAUUGCACCACAACGGGCUCGUCGAUCGAUGCCAAUGCCAUCGACUGGCUGCACAAUGGGAAGCCGCUGCAAGCGAAUAAUGCACUCAGUACCGGUCGGGAUAACAUACGCUUUCUAUCGAAGAGCUCGUUGAUGGUGCAGAAUGUAGGACGACGCGACCGCGGUGUCUAUCAAUGUCUGGUGGAGAACGAGCGUGCCAGCGCUCAGGCCAUGGCGGAACUAAAGUUGGGCGACACUGUGCCCGAACUGAUUUACACGUUCAUUGAACAGAAUGUGCGUCCGGGGCCAUUAAUAUCGCUUAAGUGCUCUGCCAGUGGCUCGCCGCCGCCGCAAUUUGCUUGGCUGCUUGACUCGCAGCCCAUAAUGGAUGUCUCGCUGCAUCAUCGGUUUGCAAUUGGGCAAUUUGGCGAUAUGUCUGGCGAUGUGAUAAGCCAUUUAAAUAUCUCACACGUGCGACCCGACGACGGUGGCCUAUAUAGGUGCGUUGCCAGCAAUACAAUGGGCAGCGUGGAGCAUGCAGCCAGAUUGAAUGUUUAUGGUCCGCCAUUUGUGCGCGCCACUGGACCCAUUAAGGCCGUGGCCGGCGAGGACAUUACGGUGCGCUGUCCCUUUGCCGGCUAUCCCAUUGACCAGAUACGCUGGGAGAAGGCGCAUCAAGAAUUGACAACCAGCUCUCACCAUGUGCUGUCCAGCGCGCAGGAGGGCGGUCAGCUGCUUAUCAAGAACGUCGAGCCGGGUCGGGAUCAGGGCAUCUACACCUGCAUAGUGCGGAGUCGCGCCGGCGAGGAAGCGCGACGCGACAUGCAAUUGAAUGUGAACAGUCCGCCCGUCAUUGAGCCCUUCAAGUUUCCAAAGAAUCUGCAGGAAGGCGGACGCGCGCAAAUCACCUGCGCUGUCUCCUCUGGCGACAUGCCCAUCUACUUUAGCUGGAAGAAGGAUGAUGGCAGCAUACCCAGCAGUCUGCAGAUUACGGAAAAGAAGGAAGAGUUCUAUUCACUGCUGGUGCUUAAGGAUAUCAGCGCCAAGCACAGCGGCAAAUAUACCUGCUAUGCCAGCAAUGCUGCUGCCAAGGUGAACUACACAGCGGAGUUGCAAGUACGCGUGGCGCCGCGCUGGAGCUACGAGCCCAUGGAUACGGCCAUUAUGCUUGGCAAUACAAUAUCGAUAAAUUGCGAGGCCGAAGGAUAUCCGAUUCCAGCUAUUACCUGGUUCAAAGGACAGGGCAAAGCCUCGAAGGACUUCAAGCCAUUGAGCAUGCGUAAUCACUCGCUGCUGCUCAAUCUGGCAACGGACAACGAUGAGGGCUACUACAUGUGCCAGGCAGCGAACGAAAUUGGUGCGGGCCUCAAGAAGAUAAUACACAUCAAUGUGAAUGAGCCGGCGCGCUUCGAGCAGCCUGCGCGUAAUAUUAGCUCGCGUCGCAAUGAUCCAGUUACGUUGGACUGUCACGCCAAGGGCGAUGAGCCCAUCAGCAUUGCCUGGACGCAUAAUAACGGGCGCAUAGAUCUGAACAACUUUCGCUUCAGCAUUGCAGAGAUGAAAACCGAAAAGGGCGUGGACUCGCAGCUGACCAUUGCGCACUCGGAUCGCCAUGACUCGGGCGUGUAUCGCUGCAUUGCCGAGAAUCCUUACGGGCGUGCUGAGCAAAUUGUUUUCCUAGCCGUGCAGGAGCGCCCCGAUACGCCCUCCAAUCUGGAGGUCUUUGAGGUGGGCUCACGCACCGUCAAGCUCAGCUGGCGGCGUCCCUUUGACGGCAACUCGCCAGUGCUUAGCUAUCUGGUGCAAUAUCAGGCGCUCAAGUAUCUGCAAUCGCACACAGCGCUGGGUCUGGGCGCUGCAGGCGGCGACUGGGCUGGCCUCAAUGUGAUCAAUGUAACGCUGCCCUCGACAAGCAUCAGUCGCAGCUACGAUACAGAUUUGCGUGAGAGCGCAAUUGUUGCUGGCCUAUCGCCAGCUACAACAUUCCUCAUACGCAUGCAGGCGAUUAAUGAAAUAGAGCGCAGCGCAUAUACCGAGGCAAUUGUGCUAAAGACGCAGGAGGAGGCGCCCACUGAGGCGCCAUCCAAUGUGCAGGUGCAGACAGGCGGCGAAAGCGAGCUAAUUAUCACUUGGCAGAUACCGCCACGCGAGUCGUGGAAUGGCGAGCUCAUCGGCUAUACAGUGAACUGCAGCGAGGAGAAACAGAACAUUAACUACAUUAGCGUGGAGAACAGUUCGCUCAAGUCGCUGAUUGUAAGUGGUUGGGCCACCACCAAGGCUACGCUGCGUGGUCUGCGCAAAUACACGCGCUAUGCCGUCACGGUGCGUGCCUUGAAUAGCUUUGGCUCCGGGCCCUGGAGUGCUGCCAUUUUCGGCACGACCGCUGAGGGCGUGCCGGAGGCUGCGCCGCAGCAUGUCAACUGUACGGCGCUGUCGUCGCAGAGCUUGAAGAUAACGUGGCUGGAGCCGCCGCUGCAAUUCCAUGGCGGCAUCAUACAAGGAUAUAAAAUUUUAUAUCGCCCCAUAGUGCAGCAAAUUGAUGUGCCCGCCAAGCUGGAAGUGAAACGCACUUCCAAUUUGGAAACUUAUCUGCAUACGCUGCUCAAGGCUACCAACUACUCCAUACGCGCUUUGGCCUACACAUCGACGGGCGAUGGGCUCGCCAGUCAGCCAUUGUUUUGUCAAACGGAUGACGAUGUGCCCGAUGCGCCAGCGGCCAUUAAAGCGGCCGCCUUGACGGCUGAUUCGAUUUUAAUUUCAUGGCUACCGCCAAAGAAUCGCAAUGGCAUCAUAACCCAUUAUACGGUCUAUGCACGUGAAGCGGGACGCAAGGGCCAAAGCAAGACUCACAUGGUGCGUGUGGAUGAGUAUGGCUAUCCGGUGACAUUUGAGGCGCGCAGUCUGGCAGAGAAUCAGAUGUACGAGUUCUGGGUAUCGGCCUCCACUUCAGUGGGCGAGGGCGAGCCAACGUCUGUGGUGGCGCAGGCGACCAACACACGAGCACCUGCACGCAUCGCUUCAUUUGGUCAGGUGGUGCGCAAAGCCGUGGGCACCAGGCUGGUGCUGGAAUGUUUGGCCGUGGGCAAUCCGACGCCGCGAGCUCGCUGGUUGACUCGCGAUCGCCCCGUAACCUUUAGCCCCUUCUACGAGGUGACCAACGAGGGCAACCUGCGCAUACAUCGCGUUGAAGGCAGCCUGUCCGGAAAUUAUACGUGCACGGCGAACAAUCUCUUUGGCAGUGACGAAAUCCAAUAUCAGGUGAUUGCAAUGAAGCCGCCCGCUGCACCACAAAUCAUUGUGCAGUACGCUUCCGCUGACAGCAUACGCGUCAGCUGGGACGCGCCCGAGGAUGGCGGCGCCCCGCUGCAGGGCUACAGCAUUGCAUACCAUACGGCCGGCGAUAGCUGGACACAGACCGAGCUGCUGCCGGAGAACAACGCAUACACAAUCGAGGGCCUGAAGUGCGGAAAUCAGUACAUUAUAAAAAUGUCCGCUCACAAUAUGGUUGGCACUGGGGCGGCCAGCGAGGAAAUUAAUGUCUGGACCAAGGGAAAAGCCUCGCAGGCGCCAAAUGGCAACGAACUAAUUGCCACCAAUGCAACUUGCGUGAAUUUAAAGCUCUCGUCGUGGCACAAUGGCGGCUGUGGCAUACAUCACUUCUCCAUCGAGCAUCGUCCAUUAGGUGACAUACGCUGGACAGUUGUCACAUCAGAUAUAUCGAACGCGGAGGAGAAUCGCGAAAAUUUAAUAUUCUGCGACUUUCUGCCGGCCAAAUGGUACCAGCUACGCAUUUCGGCCACCAACGACGCUGGCAAAACGACGGAGCAUUAUCAUUUCAGCACAACGAGCCUCGAUGGCAUCACCAUUCCACCGCCGCCGGUAUUCCCAUCGGAAAACGAUUUGAUGAACAAUCUGAUAAAUGCGACAAAUCCAACCAGUGGUGAUUGGUAUUCAACGUUAAUUGUCGCUUCCAUAAUCACAGUGAGCAUCAUAACGAUCGCCCUUACCAUUAAACAUCGUCGCACUCUUUGCGGUCCCGUUGCUGCGGGCUACGAGUCUCGUGCGCUGCCCGGUGACUACAAGGAGGAGCAUGAGAAUCGACGCAACCAGCAGGUGUACAGCGCCUCGCCGGUCAAGACUGUGGACAAGGGCAACGAUUCGGAAAUGUACGAGAUUUCGCCAUAUGCCACGUUCAGUGUCAACGGCGGUCGCACUGGCGCGCCAGCCAAGACGCCCACACGUGGCCUGGCCACCCAAACGCCCCACGACUACACCAUGCAGUUCAAAACGUUUGGUCAUCCCGAGGGCGAGAGCUUAAAUGCCACUGCCUAUCCGCUGCUGCCCAAUCCUGGCUUUGGUCACGUCAAGGGCAAGUCCAGCUGGCACAAGCAGCGCUACUACAACACCGAUGAUGAGUCGACGCUGAGCAAAUCGAUGACUAUUGUCGCUGGCUCGCAGUCAGGACAUUCGAAGAAAAGCAGCGCCGCACGCAGCUGCAAAAGCGGCAAUGCAGUUGUCGUAGCCGAGUCCGAGUCGGACACUAGCAUUAGUCCCAGCACAGAGUUCUCCAACAUGCCCACCUACAGAGUUCCUUGCAAGUCCUCGCGCAGCAGCGACGGACGCGCAGUUGUAGAUAUGUUUCGACCUGACUCCAGCACAGAGUCGAACAACGAUCAGGGCUCGCCUGGUUUGGAGCGACGCUUGAACACACCGCGGCAUAUUGGCGUCGCCGUGGAGAAGCGCAGCGCUGGCGCUGCUCAUCGCAGUCGCAAGCAGCAUGCAGCCGCUCAGGCGGCCAACCAAACGUUGGAGCGACGAAAGUGCCCUGGUAGUAACAACAGCAUGGACAGUGAGGUUGAUGCGCAGACAGUCGCCAGCAUUGCGGCCAUCAUAAGCGGCGUGGAAUUGGCUGCCAGCGGCUUUCGACCGCCCGCUGGCUUUCACGAUGCUGCGCGUGAGUUUGGCGAUCAGGCGGAGUGCGAGCGCGAGCAGCGCGCCCUGGACUUGGAGGUGCAGCGCGUGAUGGAGAACACGACUGAGACGCAGCUGGCGAAGAUGGAUCGCGAGGAGCUGACCUCACUGUUGGCAAGGUAUCACGAGAAGAAGGAGCAGGAGCGCCAAGAAUACACAAUACACGUUUAAUAGCGGGCAGCCCAACAAAACAAACAAAAAAACAACACAACACACAAACUAAAGCAUUUAAAUGCAUUUAAAAUAGCGAGACAGUCUAUAUACAAAUACAAAACUCUGAUUGUUGUUCAUUAACAUAUGCGUAUAUAUAUAUAGUCUGUAAGCCAAGCACUUCGUAUAUAUAUAUAUAUAUAUAUAUUCUCGCUGUAACGCAAUUUAAAGACUAUAAAAAGUAUCUCGAUGUACUUAUGACUAAGCUUGCCUACUCCUCCGACUAGAGAGCAAGUGUUGAACGUCUGCUAGUUAUGUAAGUCAGCCAGCGAUUAUGCAUAAGUAACUAACUACACUUACUUACGAUGUGUAUGAUUCGAUUUGUUGUGAUAAAUUAUGUAGUGCAUAACCAACCAAUUGGCGUCUAAUUAAAAUAUACA